AUGCACGCACCUGCUGACCCUCACAGCAUAGGACGAACGAGAUCCGAAGCUGAGGUAAGGCCAGAGGCAGGAAAGGGAAGGAAAGCUGUGGAAGGAGCAGGACUAAGCGCUGGCAAGCUUGACGGGGCUGGAGCUUCAGUGAAGGUGGAAAGGAAUGAGGAGGCGAAAAGAGCGAUCAGAGGGGAGAUGGUGCGAUCUUCUCUGGGAGCAAACGGAGGAUUUCUUGUCGGGCAUGGAGAGGAGGAGAAAAGGAAGAUCAUGUCGCAGGAAGUGAUGAUGAGUAUCAAAGGACAUAUGACGGGUGCCGCUAUUUUGGAUGACGGCGUCAAAGUGGAGGGUCAGCGAGCAAGAGCAUCAGUGGCAUCUGCGCCAAAAGGCUACAUCACAGACAUGAAGUCGCUUCUGGGGGGAGAGGACGCGAGCUUCAAACCUGCCCGACGGCAGAUCGAGCAUAGAGGAGUUACGAUGUUGGAAGUGGAAGUGGGCGUGCCAGCGACUUUAGAUCGAUACGGCAGACCAUGGACUCAGAAGCAACGGCAGCACUUCAAUCAGCUUCAGCAGGACACUAAGACUGCGAAUGUUGCUCGUCAUGUUGCAGAAAUUCAUCGGUUCGAGUCCCACGAGGUUGAGGGGCAGCGAAGGAUCCGUACGCAGGGCUCGCAUCCUGUAUCGGCUGAGAACCCGAUGCAUCAACCGACGUCGGUGGUGAAGGUCGAGAAAGCAAGCAACGAGAUCGACACUCUCAUCGACCCUUUCGGAGCUUUGGGCAUGUGCGAUGCUUCCCGGCAGAAGGGAAAAAAAGCGGAUUACGUGAAGGCCUCUUGCGCUCCCUGGGAGUCGGAAUCGAAUGUCGACACGGCCAUGCAGAGUGCAGAGGUCUCGAGAGAACUCUCCAAGUCAAGAAGCUCAACCACAACGGGAUUGUUUAGACAGAGGCAGCACGUCAAACUUGAGAACGUUCCUGCUGGUAGCUACGCAGAGCUUGAGAUCAAAAAGCAUGUCUCUCUGCUUCCCCCGUGGGAGCAACAAAGUGCCGACGAGUCGAGUCGAGUCAGUCACUUCCUGCAAGUCAGUCAAGGCCUCCCCUCUAGAUACGUCUCCUCUUCCGUCGAGGGUCUCUCGAAGUUCUCCAAGGGCAUCGCCACUUUUCAUGACGGCCAGGAGCCAAGGAAGUUGGGGGUCGAAGGAGCGCCGUGGCUCUCCGACAAGAGCAUGGAUGUCGGCAUCCCGCAGUGUGAAGACUGGAACUCGCUCUCUGUUGAGCUCACAUCGGGGAAGCGAAGGCAAAGACGAUCGAUCUCAUCGAUCAAAUGGGAUGAAGAAGCUGCGGGCAAGCCCAUAGAGGUUGAUGGGUCCUGCAUCCCUGGCUCCUCAUGGAUGUCCAAGCACAGCUACGACCCUUCCUCCGACACCGAGGACGAUGUCGGGCGUCCUCGCAGCCGUACGUCCACACCGAGAAGAGCAGCGACAUCUGCUCCCUCGAGCAGAGAAGCGACGCCCCAGCGAGCGCGACCUGACGGGGACUUGCUGGCAUGGGAUCAGGAGAGUUCGACGGUGGAGACGCCGAGGACGGGCAAGAAGCUCUUCAACCAACGCAACUCGUGGGACAUCGACAGCAUGACCUCCAAGGGACGAGCGCCCAGCGCCUUUCGGGCCUCGACCUCCAGCUUGGUUGCUCCCUACGCCACAGAUUGA